GUCAGUCGGUGGCUGUGACAGCUCGCAGUUGUUUGCUGUUUGCUGUGUGAAGUGGCAUUUUUGGAGCGCUCGUCGCCGUGAAACGUACGUGGCGCGGACAACCAAAGCGAACAGUGCAUUCGUGUUGGGCUCUUUGCCGAGCCAAUUUGUGAAAUCAGCGUCAAUCAUAAAGACAAAUCGCAAUUUGUGUAAAUUCUGCUGCUAAAAGCAAGCAUACAUAGACUGCCUGAAAUUAUAGCUACAUACUUGAAGGCUUAAACCAUUAGCCGAUUUACUAAAAAAUAUUGACAAGCGAGUUCUAAGUUGAGAACGCAUAGAAUCAGGCUAUAUUACUUGCUGGCUUUCAAGAGUGUGGGACAGCGAGUCGCUAUAUUUGACAGAAGAUAUAUUGAAGCUGCAGUAAUAAGUCAAAGCGACCGCAGAAGCAGCAGAGCAUAAAGUGGUCGACCAAUCGAGAGGAAACCGAACGGAGUAAGGAAAAAUAGAAAGACUAGCAGGCAAAAGACAACGACUUGGAGCAUUGAUAGGCGAAGAUGUGGCCGAGAAUGGGCACCGCUGGUCUUGCUGCCGGCGUCUUAUUGCUGCUGUGCGUCGUUAACAGCGUCAACUCCUUCUCAAAGUACGGACGCGGCUGCAACGACAUUGGCUGUCUGCCCAGUGAGGAGUGCGUCAUCACCAGCGACUCGUGCAGCUACACGCAGCGCGAGGGCAAGGACUGCGGCAGCUACCCGAAAUGUCAGAGGAAGUCCGGCUCCAGCUCUUCGUCGUCGGCGCCAGUUAAUCCGUCAGUGAGCACCGGCACCACGCACAACUCGUACAAUCCGAGCGCUCCGGUGCCCGAUCUUGGUGAUGGCAACAGUUUCAGUGGCGGCAGCAGCGGCAACGCCGGCGGUGGUUUCGGCGGCGGCGGUUCAGGUGGACACAGCCUCUAUCCUACUUUACCCAACAGCCCGCCAGCAGGCGCAUCGAACCCUUACGGCGGCUACCAGCCACAGCCGGGCGGAUAUCAGCCACCAGCAGGCGGUUACCAGCCAGGAGCUUAUCAGCCGGGUGGUUAUCAACCCGGUGGCUAUCAACCCGGCGGCUACCAACCCGGCGGCUACAAUCCCAAUACUGGCGGCAGCGGUGGCUACGUGCCAAAUGCACCGGGUUAUGGCGGCGGCAACGAGCCGCAGAAACCGAAAGACAAGGAAGGCGGCGGCUUCUUCUCCAGCUUCUUCUCCAAUCCGGCGGUGAGUCAGGCUGUAUCUGGUAUUAUUGCGGGCCAAAUUACGAAGAGCUUGCAAGGAGGCGGCGGCGGCGGUGGUGGUGCUAAUGGUGGAGCCAAUGGCGGUUACCAACCAAGUGGUGGCUAUCAACCGAGCGGUGGUUAUGGCGGUGGUGGCACCAGCUCAGGCAGUGGUUCAUCUGGCAGCAACAUUCUUGGGGGUCUACUAGGUGUGUUGGGUGGUGGUGGAGGCGGUACCAGCGCUGGAAGUAGCGGCAGCGCCAGUAAUUUCUUGGGUAGUCUUCUGAGCGGUGGCGGCAGCAGCAGUGGUGGUAGCAGUGGCGGUAGCAGUGCCAGCAAUUUCUUGGGCAGCUUGCUUAGUGGCGGCGGUGGCGGCAGCAGCAGCGCUAACCGUGCCGGCGGCAGCAAUCCGAUUAGCGAAAUCUUGGGCUCACGCAACUUUGGCGGUCUCUUCAGUGAGAAUCCAUCUUCCAGCUCCUCCGGAUCCUCCGGGUCAUCCGGGUACUCCUCGAGCUCUCAAGGCCCCAAAAGUUACCCCACUCAACCGCCAAUGAACUACUACGGUUAAUGUAAAGAAAAAGAGACGAGCCCCUUUUCAUUUAUACUCGUUUUGUCUUAAAAUCAAAUGAUAUUUUUAUUUUACUAACAGGGCAGCUAAGAUCUAUUUCAACUUACACCAAAUAAUAUAUACAUACAUACUCUAACUAACGUAGGCAAAAGAUAAUAAUUUUACUAGAGAAAAGCAUAAACCUAACGAUAAUCAAAGGGCAAGACACUUGCAGCCAUUCGCAAUUGAGAAAACUGUGGCUUGUGGCGCACAGAAAUGAGAAAAGCUGCGGCGAAGAGUCGUGUAUAUAUACUCGCGUAGUUAAUAAAGCAGUUUUUAUGCGUAGAAGAAACUAAUAAGUAAAGACGAAAGGAAAAUGUACUCAUAGUUCUUAGAGAGAAAACGAUUUUUUAACUGUAAAGCUAUAUUAUUUGAGAACCGCUGCAAUCACUCGCAAGCCGCUUGGCAAAGAUUGCUAACAAUAAUUUUACCAAUCAAUUAGUAUAUAACUUGUACAUAUAGAAGAAACAUAUAUACAAACAAAAACAAAACCAAAAUGUCUUUAUAGAAACGUUCACUUCAAUGCAAUAAAUUUUAAUUUUCAUAACUUCGAGCAUAAAUAAGAUAACUGGUUGAAUACCGAAGGAAUUCUGAAUUGUAAAUAUAAAGCUGAAAUCAAAUAAAUAAACGAAAUUAUAUAAAACAUA